CUUUUCCUCCCCACUUGCUCUGCCCCUCAUAAGAGCAUCCUGGUCCUAGUCUGCUCUCCCAUUUGCUUAACUUCAUUCAGACUAGGAUAGAAAGCAGUGUCUCCAGUCUUCAUUUGGACCUUGGACAGCUCUUCAUUGCAGCAGGACAAAGCAUUUGCUAAUACACCAUGGACAUGACCAAGGCUAACAGUGUGUUCAGGGCUGGUCCACCAAACAACCCAAACAUCAUGCAGAUGGGACAUGUUGUGUACAUGUCCUCUCAGACCAGUAAGAAGAAGGUCUCAGGGCAGAGUGAAGCGUAUGGGUCCAUGCAGAUCAUCGUUGCUUUUGUCCACAUUGGCCUUGGAGGCAUCUUGUUGUACUCCGCGAAGGAUUUUGCCCCAUUGAUCAUGACUUAUGGGUACCCGUUCUGGGGCGGAGGGCUGUUCUUUCUUUCUGGGUUGCUUGCAUCGUUAUCAGCCACAAGUACCAUAGGUUCGGCAGUCAGUAGCCAUAUAUUCAACACCUUCAGUAUCCUUGCUGCAUUAGCUGGUGGAAUACUCUUGGGAAUUGAUUUGUUUAAAAUUUCCAUCCUAAACAUGCGGCAGCUUUCCAUCCCGCUUCUGGAAAAAAUUGGUUUACCAUCCAGCUAUUUCUUAGCUGUGCGCUGCGAAGAUGGCCUCAUCCCUCUGGAUUACUGUCGGGCCCUCAGAUCUUAUGAGACGGGGAUGUUGGCCUUGAUGUUGAUCUUCACUAUAUUCCAGAUCAUUUUUUCCUCAAAUACUUUCUGCUCUAAGUCGGUCAAGAAUAAGGUUGCAGGAGAUCUCAGUUCGGAGGAAGUGCAAGAGUUUUCCUUGAUGCCGACAGCAUAUCAGUGAAAACAGGUCCCUCUGAGCCACAACUCACCACAAUCAGCUACCACUAUACAUCCAAGAACAAACUCUAAACAGCUUCUAUUAAUCAAGAGCACAUGUCCCUACUGGAGAGAUUUCCUUCAGUCCCGUUCUCCUCCCAGUCACAGAUGGGACUUCUCCCUCAUUGUCUGUCAUAUCCAUCCCAGGUGCUGUUUCCAUGGUAAACAGAAAGCAAGAUUGAUAAUGACAAGGAGAGGCACUCGCUAGCUUUAUCCACCCCCUUGAAAAAUGCCUCCUGAGCAUCUCUCAUGCCUGCUUCCUCAAUAGGAGGUUAGAAAUGGAUCUUGGCUUUUCAUUUUGCUUGAUAUGAGUGUACUAGGAAAGACAGGAGUUUACCUUGCAAGCUACAAAUGAGCCGGUUUCCCUGAUCACUUUGCAGACUUUGAAAGCUAUCAUGAUUCUUUACUGAGAUGGCAUAAGGUGUGUCCUGCAUUGUGUUCUCAGUACAUAUUGUGUUUCCAGUAAUGAUCAUGGAGAGAUUUUACAGCAGAGACAAUAAAUGUAUCAAAUGCUUUUUUCCCCAUUGCUUAUACAUUUUAGGCUGAUUUAUGCAAGGCAGGUUUUUGUUUUUAUAUCUGCGUGACAAAGUGGUUCACCUCCAUCUGCGAGUGACAAAUAUACGUUCCCUAUUUAUAAAAUGACCCAUGUGGUAUUCUGCUGAAUGAUUCCU